UUCCUGUCGUCUUGCUACCGACACAUACAUUUCGCGGCGGUGCUGUCGAUUCCUUCAGCUUUGGGGGGAGAUGGCCUAGAGGCGGCAUGGGAGCGGCUGGAUCUCUAUCGAGUUGCAGCUGCAACUGCAGAUAGAGGGAAACAGGGGUAACUGAAUGGUGUCAGAUUGCGACUAGUUCUUGUUGCUGUCAUACUUCUGUGCUGUGGGAUCGCAGAACAUCGAGUGAUUUUCCUUUGCAAUUUAGCUUGUUAGCAUAAUGGCAGCAACGUCGCCGACCGAUGCCAAGCGCAAGUACUCGUGGUGGUGGAACAGUCAUAUCUGCCCGAAGAAUUCAAAAUGGCUCCAGGAGAAUCUUGAAGAUAUGGAUAGCAAAAUUAAGCUGAUGAUCAAGAUCAUUGAAGAAGAUGCAGAAUCAUUCGCAAAAAGGGCGGAAAUGUACUACCGAAGGCGACCUGAGUUGAUGGCCUUGCUUGAGGAGUUGUACCGUGCAUACCGAGCAUUAGCAGAAAGAUAUGAUCAUGCAGCUGGCGAUCUCCGACAGGCCCACAGAAAAAUAGCUGAAGCAUUCCCUGAUCAGGUUCUGAUGGACCUGGAUGAUGAUCUCCCAACUGAUACUGCAUCCAUUGAAACUGAUGUGGACAAUGCAGACAUGGCUCAUUGUUUCCUCUCUUUCAUCAAUGCUGGUGAUUCAAAAUUGUGUGGUAAAGGUAACCAGGAUUAUGAGAAGCUGCAGAAAGAACUAGCAAGUCUGUCACAGGAAAACCAUGACCUCAAGAACAGGAUCUCAUCAGUGUUAGAGCAGAGCAAUAAUGCAGAAUCCGAGGUUCUUUGUCUCAAGGAGGCUCUCGCACAACAAGAAGCAGAGAAAGAAGCUGCAGUUCUGCAAUGCCAACAAUCGACUGCUAGAUUAGAGAACCUCAGGUCUGACAUAUUGCACACCCAGGAGCAGUUCAACAGGCUGAAAGAGGAGAUGCAAACUCGGUUGCUGCCUUCAACCACAGAAGAUGCACGUUUCGUUGUGCUUGAAAGAGCUAAUCAGGACUUGCAUAUUGAAUUAGAGAAUCUGAAACAUUUGUUGAAGCAGAAGCAUGACGAGCUAGAUGAGAAGCAAGUUGAGUUGGAAAAGCUUAACAUCUCUAUAGAAGAGGAGCAUCUCAAGUGCAUGCAAGCAGAAAUGCUGAACCUUUCUUUCGAGAAAAAGCUGUUGACAGCAGAGGACAAACUGAGGCAUUUGGCUCUUGAGAAGCAGAGUGAAGUAAGCAAAUUGAGGGACAGUGAAACAAGAAAUCUUAUGCUUCAGAAAGAAUUGGACAAUAUUCUAGAAGAGAACAGAAAACUGAAUGGCCAAUAUCACUCUUCUUCGGCAGUGAUAAUUCGUUUGCAGGAUGAGAUUAUUUCCUUGAAGAAUGAGCAAAAGAAACUUGAGGAAGAGGUUCAUCGAAACGUGGAUGAAAAGAAGACACUUCAAUAUGAGCUUUCUCACCUUAAGGAGGAUAGGAGUGACUUGGAGAGGAAACACUUCUCAAUCAAGGAGCAAAUACAAUCUGUUAACUUAAAUGUAGAAUCACUACAAUCUCUUGCACAUGAGUUGAGGGAUGGCAAUGUUGAGCUGAAAGGUAUUAUCAAGAACCAUGAGGGAAUGGAAGUUCUUCAUACUGAAAACCUGAGGCAGUUGGAGAGGAUGUCUGAGAAGAAUGCACAGUUGGAGAAGUCUUUAACAGCUUCAACUACUGAGCUUGAAGGGUUAAGAGCGAAGAAGGUGGCAUUGGAGGAAUCAUGUAAGGAACUCAAUUCUAGGAUCUGCACUCAUCUGUCCGAGCGAGCUGUGCUUGUUGCGCAAAUUGAGGCAGUUUCUCAGACCAUGGAGGCUCUGCUCGAGAAGAACGUCAUUUUGGAGAAUUCAUUAUCUGAUGCCAACGCUGAACUCGAGGGCUUGAGGAGGAAGUUGAAAGAGCUAGAAAAAUCUUCAGAGGCAGUCCACAAUCAGAAUUCAGUUCUUCAAUCCGAGAAGAAAACUCUUGUUUUUCAGGUUGAUAGUAUCAGCAAUACUCUUCAGAGUUUGGAAGCACAAUACACAGAGCUAGAAAGGCGACACUCAGCUUUACAACAGGAGAAAGACUCAGUGCUUGAUGAAGUGAUCAGGCUACAAGAACUGAUAAGACUUGAGAGGAAAGAACACAAAGAUGCGCUCACAACAAGCAAGACUCAGUUUGAUGGUCUACAGAACAAAAUUAGCAUAUUGCUAGAGGAAGGAAGGAACAGAGAGGAGCAGGUUGAAGAGGAGGAGCUGAAGAUUGUGAAAGCCCAGAUAGAGAUCUUCAUCUUAAAAGAGUGUUUGGAUGACAUGGCUGAAGCAAAUUCUGUUUACUCAGCAAAAUUGCAAAAGAAGGAAGACGUAUGUAAGGUUUAUGAGGAGAAACUGGACUGGUUGUCACAGGAUAAUCAGAAGCUAACUGAAGGGAUUGGCUCAGUGCGGAAAGUAUUACACUUGGAUGAGAAGUAUGAAUCCUUAAACGAAAUGAAGCUUGACAUCAUUUUGCAGCUCAUCUUGCAUGAGGUCAACUGCUUAAGGAAUACAAUAUCUGAUGCCCAGGAUGUGAAACAGAAAGAGCUUGUUGAGAAGUCACUCGUUGUCACACUUCUGGAGCACUUCAGACAGGAGGUUGCUGACCUGAGGUCAGAGAGGAACAUCCUCAAGCAAGAUCAGCAAGCAAACAGCGAGGAGUUGCUUCAGUUGCAGAGAGAGAGGGAAGAACUUGUGAAUAUCAGCGAUGAGUUCUGGGAAGAGAUGGAGUCUCGUAACCACAGAGUUGAGGACUUAAGGGCUGAGGCGAAGUUCUUGGUUGGGCAAUUGUCAGAACUGCAAGAUUCUCGGAGGUCACUGCAAAGUGAGAUUAUGAAGCUGAUUCAACAAAACUCUUUCCUUGCAAAUGAACUAAAUGAUUCCAGGAGAAAAGAGAUGAUCUUUGAAGAUGAUUUCAGCACUCUCAUCAGUGAAUCUGUCAGCAAAGACAUCCUUCUUGUGAUAUUUAAAAACCUUCACGAAGACAGGACCCUGGAAUUGAAGUCUUUGUAUAAUGAUUUUGCGUGUCUCCAAGCUGCAGGAAGCGAGAUUUCCCAGGACAUCAGGAUGAUGAACAAAAAGCUUGGAGAUUUAGAAUCCGAGGAUAACCACCUCGACGAAGAGAUUUGUAUAGCCAUGAGAAGUGCCCGUCCUAGUCCAGAAAAUAUCACAGGAAAAGGGCAUCCAUCACGAAGAGAUGUCAAUCUCCUGAAUUCUGUCAGGACCCGAAAAGGUUAUCAUGCAAACAUGGAAUCAAAAAGCCACAAAAAAGUUGACAAUGCUGGCUUUGAAAGAUCAAAUGAAAUGCUACUGGAGGAGGUACUUAAGUGUCCUCAAAAUAUGCAAAUGCUUAGGAGCAAGGAGAAGACUUUUUUUGACAUCAAAUCUUGCAACGAAGAGAUUUCAAAAUUGGUAGCUCACAUGCAAAUGGCUAUCACGAAUGCUGCUCUAUUCAAGGAAAAGGUUCUUGAGCUCAUCAUAACAUGUGAGAGUUAUGAGAUAAGUGCGAUGGUGCAGAAGGAAGUGCUGAAGGAAGAUAUCAUUCGAAGGAAUUCAUAUGUGGAUGAGCUGAAAGACAAGCUAAAUGCUGUAGAGAUUGAGAAUAGAAGACUGAAGGUCAAUCUAAAUGGUGAUGUCACAAUGUUAGGAACAUUGCAGACCGAAGUCAGUGCCCUGGAGAAACAAACCUUGUCCCUUGCCAAUGAUUGCUUGCAAUCAAAUAAACUCAAGAUGGAGGGAAUUUCAUCAUCUCCUGAGACCCUGAAAACCAUGGUGAGAUUCAGUGAUGAAAAUUCAAUGAGAACAGUGAAGGACAUGGAGCUGCAAAAAUUGCAUGAAACUAUCAAAACGCUCCAGAAGGUGGUCACGGAUACCAGUUCCCUUCUUGAGCAAGAGAGGCUUGAUUUCAAUGCCAAUCUGCGAGGAGCAAGGAAGCAGAUUGAGGCUCUGAAACUUAAGGAGAUCGUGGAUGAUGACUUGGUUGAAAUGAACUAUGAGCAAAUGCUGAAAGACAUACAACUUGACCUCAUCCAAACUUCUUCAGGCCAUCCAACGGAUUCCCUUGGUCAGCAAAAGAAAAUUGCAGCACGAGUUGUUGGACCAAGCAGUAGCCAUGUGCGUGAUGAUUUGGGACCACCGCGAAGUGAGUCAUUUGAGAGAGAUAACAGUAAACAGUCUCCUGCCGAGCUAGUGGUGGUGAAGGAACUCAGUGUUGUCAACCAAGAGCUACCGAGGUCUGUCACCAUGGAGCCACACCAGGAGUGGAGGAACAAGGUCAUUCAAAGGUUAUCUUCUGAUGGAAAGAGGCUCAACACCCUCCAGUCCAGCAUUCAAGGGCUCAAAACAAACACUGAGGCAUCAGAAGAGCUUGAGCUCGAGAGUGUCAGAUAUCAAAUAAAAGAAGCUGAAAGUACCAUCAUCGAGUUAAUCGACACCAACAGUAAACUGGCCAAGAAGGCUGAAGAAUUCACAUCCGCCGAUGGUCUCGAUGAGGACAACGUCGACUUGAGGAGCAGGCACCAGCGGAAGAUCUUGGAGCGUGCAAGGAAAAUGUCAGAGAAGAUAGGGAGGCUGGAGGCGGAAAUGCAGAAGGUCCAGCAGGCUCUGCUGAAGUAUGAGGAGGAGCAGACUAGCAGCAGCGCAUCGAAAACCGUACAUCGGCGGUCAAAAGUGCAGCUGGUAGACUAUCUCUACGGUCGAAGGCGUGAAAAUCGGAAGCAACCGCGAUGUUCGCCCUGUGGUUGCAUGAGAGCAAAGACCAUCGAUGACUAACUCCUGUUUGCGCCAAUACUUUUUAAAGGCGAAAUAUGGGAGGCCAGGGUUUUCAGUUUCAGUCUUCAGAUGGAGCAAGUCAUCUGUUCAUGUUUGUCUAGGUAAAAAAGAAAGUGGUAUUUAAGGAUUGUAAAUGCUAGUCAUUGACUGUAAACAUCUGUUAUAAACUUACCGCCAGGCUUGUAAAAUUACUGCUAACAUAUGUUGCUUGUAGCUUUGGAUCAUGUUCUGCACAUCAUCCGAAGAGAACAUUAUAGUAUAAUUUUUCUGUAAACAAGAGAGGGUAUAGAAUUAAAUACUUAGAGAGCAUUUUUGUGUGGUA